AUGGACGGAAUAAAUACUAAUUUGAGUCAGUAUGAAAUGCCUAAGGACGUACUGCAUUCCUUUGCAUCUAGAUUACCUAAUCCUUGCCCAGGGAACUUGGUAUUAAGAUUCGCCCCUGAACCAAGUGGGUAUUUACAUUUAGGACACAUCAAAGCGAUAAUGUUAAACGAGUUUUUCAUAAAUUAUUAUGGUGGAAAACUUUUGUUAAGAUUUGACGACACUAACCCAACAUUAGAAUCUCUUGAGUUUCAGUCGACCAUCGAAGAAGACUUAGCGCUUUUGAAAGUAAAUUUUUGCGGUCCAACUUUUAGUUCUGAUUAUCUACCGGAGCUUCAAGUCACUAUAAAGGAGUUAAUUUCAAAAAACUUGGCAUAUGUUGACGACACAGAUGCUGAAACAAUUAAAAAGGAAAGAUUAGCAAAGAUAGAAAGUAAAUGCAGAAACAAUCCAGUGGAGAAGAAUCUAAAACUUCUCGAGGAGAUUUUUCAGGGAACUGAAAUAGGCCAAGCUUGUUGUGUGCGUGGAAAAAUCGAUAUGCAGUCAGCAAAUGGUUGCAUGCGUGACCCAGUGUUUUGGAGAUGCAACCUAUACCCGCAUCACAGACAUGGCACAAAAUACAGAAGCUGGCCAACUUAUGAUUUUUGCUGCCCUUUAAUCGAUUCCUGGAGCGGUAUUACUCACGCGUUGAGAGCAAACGAAUAUGCCGAUCGAAUUCCAAUGUAUCAAUGGGUUCAGGAUGUUCUAAAUGUUCGUAAAGUUGAAAUAUUUGAGUUUAGUCGCUUAAACCUUACUAACACGGUAUUAAGUAAAAGAAAAUUAGCGAAACUAGUCCAGAACAAAUUUGUUUCCGGGUGGGACGAUCCUCGAUUCCCUACUGUGCGUGGUUUAAUUCGAAGAGGAAUUCAUCCAGACUCUUUAAGGAAAUUCAUGAUUGAAAUAGGACCUAGCAAGAACACCAAUUUAAUGGAAUGGGAUAAACUUUUGAGUAUCAACUCUAAAACAAUUGACAACUUAGCUAAGCGGUACAGCAUUGUACAAAGUCCGUACGUAGUCAUGAAUAUUUCCAACAUUCCAGAAGAAAAACGUUCGCUUGUUCGUUCUCUCCAUCCAAAAAAUCCAGACUUUGGCCAGAUUCACUAUACUUUGUCAGAUACUGUAUUAGUUGAUAUGAACGACGCACUAAAUUUCGUCGAAGGUUUAGAAAUAACUUUGCUUAACGCAGGUAACGUGAUUGUUAAAGAAAUUUUCAAGGACGAUAACGGAACCAUUACUUUUGUCAACUCAGAAGCUAAUUUAUACGGAAAUUUCAAAACCACAAAAUUCAAGCUCCAUUGGGUAUCCAAAACAGACAAGUUAAUGAAAGGGGUUUUGCAUGAAUAUGACCGCUUAAUAAACAAAACACAACCAGAGAAAAAUGACGAGAUUGAAGAAAUCAUCAACAAAAACAACCACAUUCAAACUGAUAUUCUGAUCGAAGAAUCAUUUAGCAAUGUUGCUCAGGGAGAUUACAUUCAGUUGCUUCGUGUUGGUUUCGCUAGAAUAGAUAAGAUAGAUGAUUACUAUCAUUUAGUUUUAAUUCCUGGUGGAAAAACUAGUUUGCAAAAUGUCAAAACUAAAAUUGAUAUGAAUGUUUAUACCAAAGGGUCUUCUGCUGACAAAGAUACAACCAAACUUUCUAAAAAAGCUCAAAAACGUGCCGAAUGGAAAGCUAAGAAAGCUUUGGAAAACGGUAUAAAUUGA